AAGCAAUGAUUUCAUAACCUGUUCUGGGCGGAAUCCAUUCACAUACAUUUUCUUUUUUUGUUUAUUAACCUACUUACGUUGUUGAUUCAAAAGUAUAAAUUCUACUAAAAUGUUAAGAGCUGCCUGUCUUGCCUUCAGAAGUAAGCUUCGGCUUCGUCAACUCCACAUUCUGCAGUGACUGACCCCAUAUUGCUUUCAUCUCCUCCUUCACAAAUCUAAUGCAGCUAAUAAUAAUUCGUCUGUUUUUUGCUUCUCCAUCUUCUUGAUCUCUGCCUUAUGUGUAAAACAAAAAAGGCCAUCAACGCUGCCAGUCCUACCUCUACCCCUCGAUCUUACAAGUCUCACCCCAAUCCCAAAUCCCCAAGACCAACCACUUCCUCCCCCACCAUCUCUUCCAUCUCAUUCCGACCAUCAGAUCAACACACCACCUCCAUAAGUGACAUGCUCGCUCCCCACGCCCCUGUUUCGAGCCCUCGCUCCUUUGCUAGUGCCACUCUCAGAGACACCCUACCUGAGAAUCCCCACGUCUACCCCUUCUCUGAAAUUUGCUCUGCCACUAACAAUUUCACGGACAAGUACUGCUACUCUUCCUCUUCUACUCCCUCUUGGCGAUGCACGCUUCGCGGCAGAGAUGUUAUUGUUUACCAGCACAAGUUUCGACGUCAAAUCGGGACGACCCAGCUCCAACAACGGCUCUCUCUAAUUUGCCGCAGCCACCAUGUUAGUAUAAUCAAGCUUCUCGGAGCUUCCAUCUCCGACCACCAUAUCCACCUUGUGUACGAUUUUGUGAGUGGAACCAAGCUCGCUGAUUGUUUGCGAAAUACAAACAACCCGGCCUUCACUGUUUUAUCUAACUGGUUGUCGAGGAUGCAGAUCGCGACGGACGUAGCCCACGGACUCGAUUAUAUUCACAACAGAACAGGCUUAAAGGCGAGAUUUUCCCAUAAUCACAUCAAUAGCAGUGCUAUCAUCGUCACGGAACCUUCCUUCAACGCCAAGAUAUGUCACUUCGGCACCGCCCAGCUGUGCGGUGAAAUCCAAGAGGGAGAAGAAAUCGUCGAGCAGUCUUACUUUUCCCGGUCGCCUACGAGAUCGAUAGAAUUGAAAAAAUGGGGCAGUUUGCGAGCUAAAAUCGAGGGAGUGAGAGGAUACAUGUCGCCGGAAUAUCAAACUACAGGGGUGGCGAACGAGAAGUCCGAUGUGUACGCAUUCGGGGUAAUGAUGCUGGAACUCCUAUCAGGAGAGGAGCCACUGAGUUAUAAGUUCGAUAAGAAAAGGGGCGCUUUGAUGAGGUCGUCGGUGAUCGAGACGGCGAGGGCUGCCGUCCACGGUGAUUGUGAGGGCGGCGGGGGUACAAGGAAGUGGUUGGACUGGAGGCUGAAGGACUCAUUUCCUAUAGAGGUUGCAGAGGAGGCGACACGUGUAGCGUUGGACUGCGUCGACGUGGAUCCAGCGAAGCGGCCUGAUAUGAUCCACGUCGCUGGAAAGAUUUCGAAGUUUUAUUUAGAUUCCAAAAUUUGGUCUGACGGUAUCAAGAUGCCCUCUGACGUUUCAGUUUCCCUGGCUCCACGAUGACUUCGCUUUGGAUAUUUAUGAAUUUAAUGGUUUUUAGA